AACUUAAUAAUGAAAUAACACUGUCAAGGCACACAAAAAUAUGCCACUGAGUUGUAUUCACGGCUUCCGCUUUUUCUGUGCCCGACUGCUAUAACUGCCACAGGGAAACAGGUUUGAAAGGAGAAGGCAUGAAUGUCACAGCCAUUGAAAAUUUUGUCUGUGUGAUAUAUAAUAUUUCCUUCAUGAACUGCACUUGGCAUGUGGACAGGAAUGCUUCAGGAGAUGCUCAGUAUUUCUUGUACUGGAAGACCUCAAGGAAUGAAGAUUUCGUCAGAUGCCAGAAUUACAUCACAGAUAAUUGUGGAAGACACACAGGAUGUAGAUUCCAAAAUGUGUCAAUAAAAGAGAAUAGGAAAGCUUAUUUCCUGGUGAAUGAAUCUAGAAAUGGACAAAACAUGUUGCCCUACAGAGAGACAAUUUAUCUGUAUGAAAUUGAGAAGCUCACCCCUCCAUUAAAUGUCACUGUGAACUGUACAGGAGUUUCUCACAGUUGUGAAAUUCAGUGGCAACGACCUCAUACAAGUCAUGUGGACAGAGACAUUUGUUUCAAAUAUGAAAUUAUCAUAGAAAAAAAGGUAAGGAGAAUGAAUUAUAACUCCUAACAUUAUUUCAUACACCUGCGUUUCAACCUGCGCUAUCAUACAACAAAUGCCCUGUUCUCUCUCUUCUUGAGUUACCUCUCUGUUUUUCUAUGUGGUACCCUUGCAUGUGAGCUGAGAACAGCUGCCACUUACAGAUAAAUACAGCCAUUUGCAGGAAUACUUUCAGUCCAACAUAUGGCUGAUCAUUAAAGGAACUGGUCAAGGAUUCUCCAUACCAAGGGUGAACAGUUAUUCUAGCACAAACAUAGAAUCAUAGAAUCAUAGAAUUACUCAGGUUGGAAGGGACCUCAAGGAUCAUCAAAUCCA